AUGGCAGCUACAUCAAAAGUUCCAUGUGCGAAAUGUGAGAAAAAUUCUGGUAUACUCACAUGCGAUGGCUGUUUAGAAAAGUUGUGUCGACGAUGUUUCAAUAAUCAUCGUCAAGAUUUGUCAAAAGAACUCGACAAUGUUGUUUAUCAACACGAUAUGCUCAAACAACAGCUCGAAAUGCCAAAUGAAAAUGACUCUCAUCGUUUGUUGAAGCAAGUUGAUAAAUGGAAGAACGAUUCUAUCGACAAAAUUAAUCAUCUGGCUGGUCNAAUAACGAAUAGAGGUCGUAAAGGUAGAGACGAUGACGAUUAUGAUGAACGAGAUCUCAGCAAGUGGAUGAAUGAGUUAAAAGAAUUAAAAGAUGAACUUAUCGAGCCAUCGAACUUCCGCGUCGAAGAGAAUAAACAACAAUCUUCUUGGAUUCAAAAGAUCAGAGUACACGAAGAUUUCCGCGACCAAGCAAAAGAUGGUAACUUAUAA